AUGUCGCAAUAUUCAAAUGGUCAACAGGCAUACUAUGGCCAACCCGCCCAUCCCCCACCCUCUGUACAGCCUACCGCCGGCCAUUAUGAUGGUUACACUUCCCACAACCCCGCGCAGGCCCAACAUCUGCCUCGAAGGAUGCCAAGUUACAAUGCCGGGGAUGAUUCAGAAUUCUUCAACCCUGCCCAGACCCAGAACGUGAGAGCGACCGAGGUGAACGCACAAUAUUCGGCACAAGGUCGCGGGUAUGGUACCAGUCCAAGCCAGGGAAGCUAUAAUGUUGCGCCAGGAGGGUAUGAAGACGACAGAGACUCGAGAUAUACACGGGCUUCGUCAGACGCCAUGUCGCGCAUGUCGCCGAGCCGCGCCUCUUCUCAAACGUCCUCAAUGUCUUAUCAGUACCAGUACUCGGCGGCCACACCAUCCCAGCCGGCCUACAACCCCCAGCAAUAUGGCCUCCCCCAAGCGCAAUCCCAACCGAUCCUUGCCUAUAACCCUCAGACGUACACUGGCUCAAAUAAUGCUUCCUACCUCCCUCCCGCUUCGGGCCACCAGCCAUAUAAUCCUGCAGCUUAUCAGUCCCCUGCGGUCUCGGGGCUGAGCUCUCCAGUUCUAACCCGAAGGCAGAGCGUAGCCUCACACUAUGGGCAACCGCCGCCCACCCCACAAUCGUACGGCUUCUCCCACCAGCCACCGCCUCCGCCGCCGAGAGGCCCUGAUCAUCCAUAUGGAGGACGCUCGUACCAGCCCAUGUCGCCGAAUCCAUCACCCUCGUAUGUGCCAUCAAGCUCUCCGACCACAAUGACUCUGCCUGCGGCCACAUCGCGCCAAUAUUAUAAUCCCUCGCAAGGGACUGCGUACGAAUGGCCAUCACCCCAAUAUACCCCGGCCAUCCCGAGCAGUUCUUUCGAGGAGCAACCUCCAACACCUCCGGUUCAUCAGAUUCAGAAUGGGUUGUAUGGCAAGCGCCCAAGUGUGUCGCAUUCUGGCCCAGGGCGGUCCCUGCCGAUUCCUCCAGGGCAAUCAGAUCCGCCUCAACCGCCACCUAGACGAACCGAUACUUUGACUCGACACCCUCAGUCGCGACCUCUUCCUGGACCUCCGGUUGACGAAGUUGGGAUGAAUGGCAAUCGGCUGCCCACGGAGCCUCCUAUGGCGUAUGAAGAUGUGCUGAGGGAGGAUGAGGCAGCGGCAUUGGAUCGCCAUAACUUUGCCCGGCGUCACAGUUCCAGAGCAUCGCAUACGAGUUCUGCUUCACAUAUGCGUGUUUCGCCCGAUGAACAACAUACCCACACCAACGGGAGCAUGGAGACAGGCACUGGGCAUGUGGUGAAUUAUGAUGCAUACAGUGACGAAAGUGACGCCGAGGCUGCCGCCGGUUUGGCUAUGUUGCAAGAGGAUAUAGCGCGCGAAGACCGCGAGCGUGAGCGUCUUGAAGGCCGCAUGCGACGGGAGACGAAUGCCUCGAUUCUCAGCUCACGUGGAUCCAAUAUCUCACCAAGGGGGAAUUCACCACGUUCUGAUCCCAACGGCGACAGCGACUUCAUCGGCCAUGACCUAGCUUUGUAUGAAGGGGGAUAUCAAGGGAACUUGCACUACGGUGAUGACCCUGCUUACAGUUCCGGGGAGCACUCGGAUCCUGCCGUGAGUAACAAAUUCCCCGCCACGUCUGGUUCGUUCAGAAGCUCGAACGUGUCUGCCGAUGACCGGGAGUAUUACGAUGAAUAUGAGCAUCCGCCUAUCGCUUAUGAAUACGCCAAUCGCCUGCAUCACCUACCACUUGAUGCCAGGGUUGAUGCCGGAGGGACAGGGGGGUUAUCGGCACCCGAUGCCUAUUCUCGGCGAAUGAGCUUCGAUUAUGGUGAUGAAGGAGAGGCCUCGUACGAUCAGCCUCAUUCUGGAGAUCAUUCCGGCGACGAGAGCCCUUAUCGAGGCGCACAUGAAGAUUUGUUCUUCCAUCCUGGGAUGCGCCCCUUGCCACCCGCGCCUGUUGAGCCUGCUGGAAAUGCCGAUCUUGUGUCUCAAUUGAUGCCUGCGGGCACAUACAAUCGCUACGCGGGGCAGCAGGCCGACCUGGAUGGUUAUUCAUACAACAGCCCUCCCGAUCCUUAUGGCGAGGGUUCGCUCAACCCAUCCCCAGUGCCGCGAUCGUCAUCUUUGUCUACUCCUAUUGGACCCCGUACCGAUGCACCUAUCAGAUCCAAGACCGAUGCCGAUCGACUCAGAUACAAGCAGCAGCAGCAAGAACUUCUCCUCCAACUCCAAAAGAAGGAGCUGCCUUAUGUUGAACCGGCAGCGGCGGCGGCGGCAGCUGUCACGCUCGACUUGCCCACCAUUCCAGCAGGCCGGCGCAAGAAGUUCCAUCCUGCGAAGCUGUCAUCGGAACAAUUCAAGAGAUGCAGCGAGCCGUGGGCUUUGAGUUCGCUUCUGUCAUGGAUUCGGGAUCUCAGCGAGGAUGAAACGGAUCUCAGAGAGCAAGCCAUUGCCGAUGCUUUGGUCGCUUUGUUCACUCACAAAGUGCCCACCAUGAAUAUUGCUGAUGCUGAGACACUCGCUGCUCGUGUGGUCAGCGGUAUGCUUGAACAGGGGGCUUUGGUCAAAGAAGAAGAAUGGGUCAAGUUCGGCUCAGGCACUAUUUCGGGUAUCUUGUUCCAGAUCACUGGCACCGGAUGUUAUUCUCCGAUACUGCACUUGCAUGAGAUGCACAUCGAAGAUACUGAUAGCUUCGGUCGGUGCUACUCACAUCACUGUAUGCGGACACUGAAGAAGGUCAACCUGAAGGCGCAGAUGAUGGCUCCGCAGAAGAAAGCCGAGGACUGGGUCACUUUCUACAAGGUGCCCAAGGAGGUCUGGGAGGCUCACCCAAGGAAAGAAAUCGACCGCCAGAACAAUCUGCACGAAAUAGUCACCACCGAGGAUUCUUACAUCGCGCAACUGGAUGUCCUGCGAGAGCUUUAUCGCGACCAACUAGCUGCAAUGAACCCUCCGAUCAUCCCGGCGAAGCGCUUACCCAAGUUUUUGGCCGACGUGUUUGGCAAGGUGGACGCUGUGAAAAGGGUGAACGAGGAUUUCCUGUUGGCACAGCUAAAAUAUCGUCAAAAGGAACAGGGACCAUUCAUCACUGGAUUCAGUGACAUCUUCAGGGAAUGGAUUCGGAAAGCGAAGAACGUCUAUAUCGACUAUGCUGCAACCUUCCCAACGGCAAAUUAUCUGAUGCGCAAGGAAUCAGAGCGCAACCCGCAUUUCAAGCAGUUCCUGAACCAAGCGCGCGAGCACAAAUUGUCAAACCGUCUUAGUUGGGAUACUUUCCUCAAAGCUCCGAUCACGCGCAUCCAGCGCUACACCCUUCUGCUGGCGACUAUCCAUAAGAAUAUGGUAAAGGACUCCGAGGAAAAGACCAAUGUGGCUCAGGCUAUCGAAGAGAUUAAGGUCGUGGCGUUGGAGUGCGAUCACAAGGUUGGAGAGAUGAACAAGAAGGCCGACUUGAUGGAGCUGGCUGCCAAGUUGCAAUUGCGACCUGACAUGAAGAAGGAAGUCGAACUCAACCUCGAACAUUUAGGUCGGCAGAUCGUCCACCGAGGCGAACUACAGCGUCCUGGAACUCGCACAAGAUUCCUUGUUGAUACCCAUGCGAUCCUAUUUGAUCAUUACCUGGUCCUUGCCAAGAUCUUCACAAUGCGAGAUAGGGCAGUGAAGUAUGAACGAUAUGACAUCUCAAAACUGCCCAUCCCCAUGGACCUCCUGGGACUGGAGAGCACCGAUGACGACCCGGUGAUCAAAUCAUCUGUCAGAGGUGUUUCGACUGUCACGCCCUCCCAAGCUGGCGCUGCCAGUCCUCUGGUACAUUCAGGUUCCGCGUCUGGCGUGCACGCCGCCGUUGACACCUCAAAGGACGACAAGAUUCUGUACCCCUUCAAGAUCAAACACCUCGGCAAGACUGGGACAUACACUCUCUACGCAUUCUCGGCACAAAGUCGCAUGGAAUGGUGCCAAAAGAUCAUCGAAGCCAAGACGAAACAUGCUGCUGCUCUCUUCUCGCAGAACGCCGAGCCAUUCCGACUGCGUGUUCUCGCGGACACUGCAUUCGCAUACUCUGACCAUGCUCCCGGCUCCAAAAGUGUCAUGAUCAAGGGUACACCUCUCCAUCGUGCAAUCAAAGAAGUCGAGAAGCAGUAUGAAAGCUCCAAGACUCGACCUCCUCCGGUUUGCAGGACUGCAGUCAACUGUGCCACCGUGUUCCAGCAGCCGGCUGGGCGAAUCAUGUGCGCAAUUGGUACAGACUACGGCGUCUACAUGUCCGAGCUGAACAACCCCCGAGGUUGGCACAGAGCUAUUCCCAUCACACGCGUGACACAGGUUGCUGUCUUUGAAGAUUUCAAUCUGCUCUUACUCAUUGCAGAUCGAUCUCUGAUUGCAUACCACCUCGACGUAGUCUGUCCCGCCAACGGCAAAGCCUCACAAUCAUCACAAGACUCAGCUCGACGUGCCCCUCAAAAGCUAUCCGGAAACCGCGAAGUGGGCUUCUUCGCCGCUGGCCGUCUGAAGGACCGGUACUUAGUCCUAUACAAAAAGCGCGAGGGUCUAUCCUCAACAUUCAAGGUCCUCGAACCCGUCCUCCAAAAAUCCUCCACCAACAAAACCCGCCUCUUCAGCACGCGCCGCGCCCAAACCGAAUUCUUCCGCGAAUACGACGAAUUCUACAUCCCAGCUGAAACCUACCGAAUAAACAUGUUCCACUCCUCCCUCGCAAUCUCCACCCAAAAAGGCAUCGAAGUCUUAACCCUCGACAAAAAGCACUCCUGGUCCGUCCCCGACUUCAGCACAACCGACUCCUCCGACGCCCAAGACACCCUCCACAGCAUCGCCAACCGCAUAACCGGCCUCAAACCCCUCGGCAUGUUCCGUCUCAGCGAAUCUGAAUUCCUAGUCGCCUACCAGCAAUGCGCCGUCUACGUCAACAAGCACGGCGACGUCUCCCGCAGCGUCGUCAUGGAGUUCGUCGGCAGUGCGCACACGGCCUGUUUAUACGGGAAAUUCCUCAUACUGUUCAAUGAGGAUUUCGUUGAGGUGCGCAAUGCUAUGAAUGGGCGCCUUAGACAGGUUAUUCCUGGUCAUGGGGUUGUUUGUAUUGAUGAUGGGAGUAAGACGCCUGGUGCGUUGCAUGGCACGCAGGCGAGUCAGACUCAGUCGGCUUCUGGGUUUAAUGGGGGCUUUUUGGGGCAGAUGAAUGGGGCGGAUGGGGCUGCUGGUCUGGGGAAUACGGUUAAGAUUUGUAUGCAGCAUCCGGAGUAUGAGCGCAGUCAGAUUGUUUUGGAGUUGCUGGAGAAUGAGGGACAGAAGGAUUGA